AUGGAAAGAGAAUCCGAGAAGCCGCAGAAGAUGACAUUACCUUCACGGAGGAAGAUGUUGACAGGUUUUGUAAUCUCUCUUAUUGUUUUAGACUUCAAAAUUAAGCGUGUUUUGAUUGAUCUAGGAAUUUCAGCCAACAUCAUACAAUGGAGGGUUCUAGAACAAGAGAAGUUGACCAAGAGCAUCAUUCUGGCUGCAAAACUUCUAGCUGGCUUUAACCUAACAAGUGUCACAACCCGAGGAGAAAUUUUGCUUCCCACAUACGCCGAAGGGGGAACUAAGACCACUUUGUUUGAAGUGGUAGAUGGAAACUUGGUCUAUAAUGUGAUCCUCAGAAGACCGUGGAUACAUAAGAUGAAGGUUGUGCCCUCGACCUAUCACCAAUUGUUGAAAUUUCCGACACUAGAAGGGAUCAAACAGAUAAGAGGAGACCAACUGGUAGCAAAAGAGAUGAACAGUGUAACUAUUUCUAGUAGUAAGGAUAAAGAAUACAACAAAUAG